AUGGCACAGUUAUGGGGGCAAAUAGUAAAAUCUCGUGUUUCCACUCGACAGAGCAAGCUGCACAUGGAAGGUUUCCGGAGCCUCAAGGAGGGCGAGGCGGUGGAGUUCACCUUUAAGAAGUCUGCCAAGGGUCUGGAGUCCAUCCGCGUCACUGGCCCUGGUGGCGUGUUCUGUAUUGGGAGUGAGCGGCGGCCAAAGGGGAAGAACAUGCAGAAGCGAAGAUCCAAAGGAGACAGGUGCUACAACUGUGGUGGCCUAGACCAUCAUGCUAAGGAAUGCAAGCUGCCACCCCAGCCCAAGAAGUGCCACUUUUGCCAAAGCAUCAACCAUAUGGUGGCCUCAUGUCCACUGAAGGCCCAGCAGGCCUCAGCAGGUUCUCAGGGAAAACCUGCCUACUUCCUGGAGGAAGAGGAAGAGAUCCACAGCCCUGCCCUGCUCCCAGAAGCCCAGAAUUGAAGUCCAGGAGUUAGGGUUAUUCUUUGGCUAAUGGGGAGAUUCAGGGAGGAGGCAUCAAUCUGCAGAGCGGAGAAAGUGGGGAUAAGGGUGGGUUGUGUGGGUAGGUUGCACUGCCGUGUCUCAGGCGCGUGUCUCAGGCCGGGGUUCCCAGUGUCACCCUGUCUUUCCUUGGAGGGAGGGAAAGGGUGAGGCAAAGGAACUCCUACCACGCUCUAAUCUGAAAGCAAGUGAAGGCUUUAGUGGGGGGAACCACCCUAGAACCUGCAUGCUCUAUCUGAGGCUUUACUGUGCUUCGCUGAGUGGCUGGGAUGAGGAAGUGCUGCCUUUGUAGAAGGCUGCGUGAUGUUUUCCUUGCCACACAGGAUGUGAAACAAGUGUCAAACCAAGAUUAAUGAACCUCACCCUCCAGCUACCAUGUUCUGUGGAAGGGACUCUCAGGACCAAGGCGAGGUUAUUUUUCACACCGUGCUUACUCAUAACCCAGUCCUGCUGGGAACAGUCUCUAGUGACGGGUUGUGAAGACAGGCAGAGAGGGUGGUUGGGGGGACACCUGCAGACCUGCUGCCCACACCUCACUCCCAGCCCUUUCUGGGCCAAUGGGAUUUUAAUUUAUUUGCUCCCUUGGGAAACUGCACCUUGGGUCCCACUUUCUCCAGGAUGCCAACUGCACUAUCUACGUGCGAAUGACGUAUCUUGUGCAUUUUUUUUCUUCUUAAUAUAAAUAUUGGGUUUGUAUUUUUGUAUAUUUUAAUCUUAAGGCCCUCAUUCCUGCACUGUGUUCUCAGGUACAUGAGCAAUCUCAGGGAUAA